AUGGUCCAAAAGUGUUGUUGCUGUAUCAGGUUACGCGUUGGAACGAUUCUUAUAGCCCUUAUAGUUCUGGGCACAAGCAUUCUCGGAGCCUAUACAGCCUUAGAAUUCGUGGAUACUAGCACCCCAUUCUCCACAAGCCUUGGAUAUAUCAAUGGUGUCUGGCAUAUUGUCAAAGGAAUUAUUUGCAUUGGGGGUCUAUACGGCGCGUACUCGCAAGAUAAAAGAUUGGUUCAUCUUUUUGCGGUAAUAAUUAGCGUGACGGCAAUGAUUCAUUUAGUCUUUGGAAUUGGACUUGUGGUCAUAGGGCUCAAGAAUCAAGAUAAGCUUGUGGAUCUUUGUCUUCAUAAAAUUAACGUUACGUCGUCUACCGGUGGUUCUUGGCAACCGGGUCAUGUUUGGAUGGACUCCUUCAACAAGCGAGCUGAUUCAAACACAACCACGACUUCUACUUCGGGCACCACAACCACCACGACUUCUGCCACUUCGACGGACAAUACGGCUGCUUGUCAGACUGCUGUCAAAUGGUACCUUGCGGUUUUCAUAACUGUUACCAUAAUAACAGUUAUACUUACGUUUUAUUUCGCCGCGGUCGCCUAUCGUUAUCGAGAUGAACUUGACGAAAACUACAAACGCAGAAAAUUAGAUUCAGACCAUGGCCCUUCUGGUUUAGUUAUUCUCGACUCAUUGGAUGUGAUACCAAACUUCUUCUCAAUGUCAACCGACGGGAACGAAACCGCUGCCUUCGAUGAUGAUUUAACUUUAUCCGCGCACGCGUUAUCGGCUUUAAAUGAAUUUUUUUCAGAGCAACAAGAGCAGCAAAUAAAGUUCGAACAGUUAAAACAACGUUCAUUGAAUUCGAUUCAAAAUUAUCUGGACACGGAACGUAAAGAAUUUGUGCAAGAAGAUAGUGAAAACAUUUUGACGAAAGAAAAAGAUGAAAAGGAGGAUGUUCAGGAAGUUAAUAUGAAUUAUUUCAAAGAAGAUUGGCAGUUAAGCCAAUUUUGGUACGAUGAUGAAACAACCGAUGUGAUAAUACAGGAGAUUUUGGAUAACACCAAUUCAGACAGUCAAAUAGCAUGUAUAAGCACGCCAACAGUAUUUGUAAAACUAAAGUCGAUGACUCCACUUCCGACCCAAUCCAUUCGUCUAUUCGAGUUUGACACUCGAUUUGACAUCUACGGAAAAGAUUUCAUUCAAUACGAUUAUAAAACUCCUACCAAAUUUCGUGAUUCAUCAACAUUCCAAAAUGCUUUUGACUUUAUCGUGGUGGAUCCUCCAUUUUUAAGUGAAGAUUGCUGCGUAAAAACAAUGAUUACUGUUAAGUGGUUAGGAAAAAAAGAAGGUUGCAAAUUUUUAGUGUGCACAGGAGCCGUUAUGCGAGAUUUAGUUAAUAGAUUAGUUAAAGCUCGCAUGACAACCUUUUAUCCUCGGCACAAGGGUGGCUUAGCCAAUGAAUUCCGUUGUUACAGAGAGAAAAAAUCAUCGAUAACAAUAUCUGAAGAUGAACGGGCAGCUUCUGGAUACAAAAGCUUUCGGAUGAAUUAUUUGGCGGUAUACUUUCUUGUGAUGGCUGGAGAUUGGCUCCAAGGGCCAUACAUUUAUGCCUUGUAUAAAAGUCAUGGAUUCAAUUUGAAUCAAAUUGCGAUUCUUUUUGUAACUGGGUUUUUGUCUAGUGGUGUAUUUGGAGUAAUUGUUGGAUCAGCAGCCGAUAAAUACACAUUUUCCUACGCAACAUUUGGCAAUGGAUUAGUUGCAAUAGUCUGUGGUUUAAUCGCUAAUUUGCUGGUGAAAAAAUGCAACGUCACAACUCCUUUCUUGGCAGCAAUCGGAUUUUUUUCAACCGCCGCAUCGGUGAUUGCGACUACCUGGAAAGAAAAUUUCGGAAACGAGCCUGAAAGGUUGAAUUCUUUAGGAGAUUCAUCGUUUUUAUCUCAGGCUUUAAAAAUCAUCAAUAAGGUCGGAGUUAUUCAAUCUCUCUUUGAAGCAUCCAUGUAUACUUUUAUAUUCAUAUGGGGCCCAUUAUUGGAACAUUUUUCCGCGGAAUUGCCUUUUGGCAUUAUUUUUGCCAGUUUCAUGGUUGCAAUCAUGAUUGGAUCUUUGAUAUAUAGUCACAUGAGUGGCACUCAAAAUAUUUCAUUAUCUGCAAUUGCAAAUUUAACUCUUUUUACAGCUUCCGUUUCACUAUUAAUACCCAUAUUUUUUCAAAGCGAACUCAUACUCUUUAUAUCCUUCACCGUGUUUGAAGCGACAUGCGGAAUUUAUUUUCCUUUGAUCGGAACAUUCCGCGCCAAAGUUGUUCCCGAACAUUUACGCGCAACCAUCGCGAAUCUAUUCAGAGUUCCUUUGAACUUGAUAGUGGUUACGCUAUUGUAA